GACAGGUGAUGUCUGGGUGAGCCGGGGAGAUAGAUGUCUUCUCCAGGGGACCAUCGCAGGUGGUCUGGGCUGCAGGCAGUGAUCUUAGCUCACGGUCUGUAAAGCCUUUCUCAGAACUGCUGGGGAUGGAAUUUUGGGGGGGAUUCAGAUUAUUUUUUGGAUUUUAGAAAAGCAAUACAGUGCCUAUUCUGUGCGUCUGAGACCAUUCUCAGUGGAGUCUGGCUCAGUACCCUGUAAAUAAAGCCAUUAAUAUGCCUGUGGCAAAAUGUAUAAAUAUUCACACUAAGUGGCAUAAUAAAACUAUAAAUAGCCUCAUGUCAGUUCAGACUAGGUUUUGCUGCCAAGAAGUUUCAAAAAAAACAAAAAAAAAAUCUGGUUUCCAGAGCUUUUUGGAUUUGGGAUUUGAAAAUGGCAGAAUAGGGAUUGGAAACCUGUGUGAAUUCUGUACCAUCCACAGACUGUAAAACAAAGACACGCCAUGUUGGAUGGGACCAGAAUGCACGUGGACCACAUGUCUCGCAGGCUGAGAGCUUUCCUCUCUGAACCCAUCGGAGAAAAGGAUGUUGCCUGCGUGGAUGGGAUCAGCCAUGAGCUGGCGAUCAACUUGGUCACCAAAGGUUUCAACAAGGCUUAUGUCCUGUUGGGACAGUUCCUCCUGAUGCACAAGAGGGAAGCCGAGUUUCAGAAGUGGCUCAUUUGCUGCUGCGGAGCCACCGAGUUUGAGGCCCGGGAGUGUUCCAGCUGCCUGAAGGAAUGGUGCGCCUGCUUCCUGUAGACCCAGCCUGGCCACGAGCCGCCUCCUGUUAAACAAUGCCUCUACAUCGACCCUGGGCUCCAAGUCAUUUUUUCUCUUUUCCCCUUUAUUGACACAGGUUUGUUAUAAAAAGCAGCUCAAGAAAAUAAAAGAGGACAAACACAAGCA